CAUGAUUGCAUGCAAUGCAUGGCAUUUAACCUAAACAAAGAAAAAAGUGCCAGCUCUCAUGGUGUCCUUUCAAUAUUUUCAUAAAUUUUGUUUACGUAUUUAAUAUGGCUGCAUGCCCGGAAAACGUUGAGGAACCAGCACACGUUGAACCUACGAAAAGCUAUGGAUUAUUAUCUGAACAAGAAGCAUCAGCCCUUGGGGAAUCUCUUAUUAAUAUUUUCGAGCCACCUCUGACAAAGGUCAGGCAGCAGCUUUCUGAAGCCAGCUCAAAGCAACAGCUGUUGAUAGAACAAAUGCAGUGCGAAAACGAAAGAAUAGAACUGAGCCAAAAAGAGUACAAUUUGCAAGAAGCGUUUACAAAAAUGAAGGUGUAUCAUGCCAAGCUAGUAAACAUUAAAAAAGACAUGACGAUGCUGCAUGAAAAGUCGACCAAGCUGAAGAAAAGAGCGAUGCGCCUUCAGGAACACUGCCAGAAACAAGCCCUUCAAAAGGAACUUGACAAAGAGCGGCAGUUGCAACGCGAGCUCAAAUUAGUCGAGGACACGACCAAGUAGCAGGUGCAACAAUAUUUUAACCUAACAUUCCUGUGAAAUUAUGCAAGUCUGAAACACACCUCAGUGCUGAUAAGAGUGCUUUUGUUACAAACGUUACGAAUUUUAUUAAACCGCAUUGAAAUAAACUAGUCUCUAAGCUGA